AACUGCACUGCACGGCUUCAUCUUGACUUCUCUUCUUUACUUUCUGCAAACAUAACUGUUUCUUUUAUGGGUUUGCUAAUUUUUCUUCGCUCAUAGCGAUAAUAUUAUAUUUAUGUACACUUUGUACAGGUGUCGGCACUCUAGUCUAAAUAUAUGGUGCUUCUACGUCUAAAAAGUCAGCAUUCUGCUCUCUAUUUUAUCAUCUAUCGAUUUAUAAUGAUUAAGAAACAUCGAAUAUUGUCAAUUUUGCGUGGGUGGAGGCUGGAUCUCAUCGCCUUUGCCUCUGUGUCCACAUCAAUUUUUCUUUUUAUCCAUACACAAACGCUACACGCUAAAAUAAAUGCAAUUCAAGAGAGUAAUAAUAAAUUAUCUUUGAAAGAAGAUUCAGAUCUCCAUGCAGAAGAAUCGGUGCAACAGAUUCAGUUUACUUUACCAGAUCAACAGUAUUCGCCCACACUUCUCAAUAAUACAAGACACGCUCAAAAGUCGACGUUGUUCUUUAAUCGAGUCCCAAAAGUUGGUUCUCAGACGUUGAUGGAUUUAAUUAGCAAAUUGGCAGUUCGCAAUGGAUUUGAGUUUCAUCGGGACGGGACGCAAAAAGUGGAAACUAUAAAACUUAGCUAUUAUGAAGAGAGUCGCCUCACUACAAUGAUUGAUAUGUUUACACCACCUUCCGCAUAUGUCAAGCAUACAUGCUUUUCUAAUUUUACUAGGCACGGCUAUCCUAUGCCAAUCUACAUGAAUAUUGUCCGAGAUCCGAUCGAACGCGUGAUUUCGUGGUUUUACUACAUCCGUGCUCCGUGGUAUAUUAUCGAGCGGAAACAGGCCUUUCCGGAAUUGCCUUUGCCUCAUCCAAAGUGGCUAAAAAAGGACUUUGAUAGUUGCGUUUUGGAAGGCGAUCGGGAGUGUCAAUUCUUACAGGGUGAAUAUCAUGACGGCGUGGGUGAUCACAGAAGACAAGCCAUGUUCUUUUGUGGCCAUGAGGAGGAGUGUGUCUCGUUCAACUCUAACUAUGCCCUUCAAAAGGCGAAAUCCAAUGUUGAACAGCACUACGCCGUUGUUGGCGUCUUGGAAGAAUUGGAAUUGAGUUUACAAGUACUUGAGAAAUAUGUCCCAUUGUUUUUUAACGGUGCAUUGGAUGUUUACAGAGCUCAUGCAACGCCCCACAUAAACAGAAACAUUUAUAAACCUCCAGUUUCACCGGAAGUGAAACGCCUCUUGAGACAAAACUUUACAAGGGAAAUUGAAUUUUAUGAGUUUUGCAAACAAAGAUUACAUGCUCAGUAUGCGGCAUUAGCGCAGAAUAAAAUAAUCUAAAGAUA